UCCUGUGUCUGCAUCUGGGUCUCGCCAUGCGUCGUUAUAUUGACAGCUAAAAAUAAAAACAGAACAGACACAACACAAUCAUACUCUGCGGGACAGAUCAUAGUAUAAAAAUAAAAAACAGAACAGAGACAACACAAUCAUACUCUGCGGGACAGAUCAUAGUCUGACCGAAAAAAGACUCAGAGGAAAAUUGUUUUGCUCCUGUUGUGCACAACACGUAGAGCAUUAAGGAUAUGAACCUUGUUCACCCAACUGACUCACCUGGGUUUUAGAGCAGUAAAUGACUUGUAACAGAAAGUUAAACUCAAACUUUUUUUAUAUACUCAAACAGCACGAGAUAUUAUGUUCUCUAGUUGAGAAAUAUGACGAUUUCUUGGAGGAAGUGUGUCUUCCUAGUGGGGGCUUUAUGUGUAAGUGUUACUAUAACCAUGAUUAUGUAUGGACAAUACUAUGACCUGGACUUCUUCCACGACAGACUUCCGAACAGUCAAGACACAGAGUUUGAUAGCAUUUGGACUUGCGAUGAAGAGCUUUGGGACAACACCACAGCAACUGGGGAAGAGAAGCUGGAAGGUUUGUGUCCUCUGAGAAAAGCAGUGAAGAAGGACGACUUCCUCAGACUACGCUUUAACUUUAAAGUGCCUGUGCUGCAGUGGGCUGGGAGCUUCAGCCAUUCAGAGUGGGGGCGAUUGGAGACGUAUAUUCCCCCCUACGGCUGGAAAGGCCUGCCCCAGGACAUUGUGAGAUCCACUUUGGCCCUGCUCAACGACUCGUCCAGCAGCCGCCUGUUUGAGCGCAGGUGGCCUGAUCAGUGUGUCCGCUGUGCUGUGGUGGGAAAUGGCGGCAUCCUUCGAGGCUCCAAACAAGGCAGGGCCAUCGACAGUCACCACUUUGUCUUCAGGGUCAAUGGGGCAAUCACCAAGCACUUUGAGGAGGACGUGGGCACAAAGACAUCUUUCUAUGGGUUCACCACAAAUACUAUGAAGAAUUCCCUAAAUUCUUACAGAAAAGAUGGCUUCACCAAGGUCCCACGGGGACAGAGAGUCCGAUAUAUCUUCAUUCCGUCCAACGAACGUGACUAUGUGAUGAUGUCAGCUGCUAUCCAGGGUCUCACUGUCACCUCCGGUCAUGACAAGGGGGACUGGCCCUCUCGAUACUUUGGAUUUAAGCCACCAGUUAAGCACUUUAAAAUGCUUCAUCCAGAUUUUGUUACAUAUGUAACGCAAAGGUUUCUGAAGUCUCCCCUGCUGAAGUACAGUCAGCUCUACAUGCCCAGCACUGGUGCUCUGAUGCUUCUGACCGCCCUGCACAUGUGUGACCAGGUGUCUGCCUAUGGUUUCAUCACAAAAAACUUUGCAGACUUCUCUGACCACUACUAUGAUGCUGUGAUGCUGCCCCUGCGCUUCUAUGCCAACCACGACAUGCAGAUGGAGAGCUGGCUGUGGGAGGUACUGCAUGCACGAAAAGUAAUGUCACUGUACAAGAGGACAAAAGUAAAAUGAUGGACACUCAAUUGUAUUUUCAUGUGAAAAGCCUUCCUUGAACUGCUGUUAACUCCUAUGUUUGCCAUGGAGGUAGUCCCUCUGAAGGAGUGGCUGCUGGAGUUGUGUAGCGUCCUUUGUCAUUAGUCUCACAGCAACAUUAAAGGCCUUUGACGGUGUAAAGCCAAGCUCAGGUGUUCCAAGCGUCUGUUUGUGGGAUCAGGCCUUCUUUGAUCAUUUGAACAACCCUUAUCUUCUCUGUGAAGGCAGGUGCAGGGAGCCGAGACUAUAGUCUCUCGGUCAUUCCUCUUUCUCAUUUUCCUGCAAUGCCUAUUCUCAUUAGAAACUGUCGGGUAUGACUGGGACUUACAAUGAAAGCAUUCACAUUAUGAAGCCAGCAGUCCAUUCAUGCCAACCUUUUUGUAAAUGAGUUUGACUUGCAGCCUCUUUGUCCAGUGCCUAUCCAAUGAUAGGUUACUCCAAGCCACAAUAAAGACAAAGUGACACAUUCUUGUGUCAAUCUUUGAUCUGCUGAGCUAUUGUUACAUAAUACAUGGAUCUCUAGUGUCUGUUAUGAAUGAAAUCCUGAUAAUAGACAUGUGAAUGUUGCUAGAUUAUGUAAUUCACUGUAAAAGCAAGAUAAUGACCACUUGUAACAAAUUGUACACAUUUCUGGGGAAAGCUGUGUUAUGGCCAUUUUCUGCCACUGACAGCUGUGCAAAAUGUUAUGGGAUGUUGUGUGCAAUUGUUUUCUUAUUCUAUUAAAGCUAGAGUUCUUAAUUGAAACAAUAGCAAAGCGGCCAGCCGGCCUAUAUUUUGGUAAAAAGCAAAUUCAUAGAGCUAUGGAUGGAAGGACUGACCAGCCAUG